AUGAUGUCUGACGGCUACCACCGCGAGAAAAGCACAUAUAUAUACGUAUAUAUAGAAACGAUACAGCUCACGAUGCCUUCCGAAAAGCACGAGUCUGGCUUCAAAAAAGUCCAAAGCUUCGACACUGACUAUGCGCCGUGCACCAUUACCCAAUAUGUCUCCGAGCGCAGUGGUAUGCAGGUCGUCGUUGCCGAUCGCCAAGGGCCCAAGGUCAACGGUUACUUUACCCUAGCCACCGAGAUUCUCGACGACUCAGGCGCACCCCAUACUCUGGAGCAUCUGAUUUUCCUUGGGUCCAAGAGCUACCCUUACAAGGGUCUCUUGGAUAAGCUCUCCUCCCGUGCCUACGCCGGCACCAACGCCUGGACCGCGACCGAUCACACUGCCUAUACACUCGAAACUGCUGGUUGGGAAGGGUUCUCACAGAUUCUGCCCCUAUACCUCGAGCAUGUCUUGCUUCCCACUCUGACUGAUGAGGGUGUUGUAACGGAGGUCUGGCAUAUUGAUGGAGAGGGUAACGAUGCUGGUGUCGUUUACUCAGAGAUGCAGAGCGUCGAGAACAAUGGCCCAGAGAUCAUGGACAUCAAGGCUCGUCGUCUCCUUUACAACAAGAACAUCGGCUUCCGCUACGAGACUGGCGGCAUGCCCGGUGCCCUGCGCGUUCUCACUGCCGACCGCAUCCGCGAGUUCCACAAGGAGAUGUACCAGCCCCGUAACCUGUGCGUGGUCAUCGUUGGUGAGACGGACCACAAUGACCUGCUGCAAAAACUGGACGAUUUCGAGGAGAGAAUCGCAGCUGAUAUUCCUGCUCUCAACACUCCGUACAAGAGACCCUGGGUGGACUCUGAGCAGCCGCAGGCUUUGACGGAGACCAUUGUCACGACGGCUGAGUUCCCGGACGAUGACGAAUCUAUCGGCGAGGUUUUGGUUGGCUUUUUUGGUCCCAACUGUGUCGACCUCAUUGCCUCAUCUGCUCUCAACGUUAUCCUCACCUAUCUCUGCGGCUCAUCCGUCGCAGUGAUCGAAAACACUAUGGUUGAAAAGGAAGAGCUGGCGAGCUCCGUCACAUACUGGUGGGACUCUCGCCCCAACUCUGUCAUCUGGCUACAGCCCACCGGUGUAGAGUCGGACAAGCUCGAGUUUGUGGAGAAGCGCCUGUUUGAGAUUCUCAAGGACGUCGCCUCUAAGCCUCUAGAUAUGGAAUACAUGUCUGAGUGCAUCAAGAGAGAGAAGCGACAGGUUAAGUACCACGCCGAGAACUCAGAGUCAUUCUUCUCCACUAACAUCAUUACCGACUACCUCUUUGGUAAGCGUGAUGGCUCUACGCUGAAGGACCUCGAGAGUCUGCAAGAAUAUGAGAUUCUAGAGAAAUGGACCGAUCAGGACUGGCGCGACUUUAUUAGCAAAUGGUUCUUGGAUGCUCAUCACAUCUCCAUUCUCGGAAAGCCUUCUGUCGAGCUUGCGGAGAAGACAAAGAAGGUUGAAGAGGAACGUGUCGCGAAGCGCAAGGAGGAACUCGGCAAGGAUGGACUAGAGAAGCUCGCCAAGAAGCUGAAGAGCGCCCAGGAAAAGAAUGACCAGCCUAUUCCACCCGAGGUCUUGGACCAAUUUGGCGUUCCAGGCACAGACUCUAUCCACUUCAUCCAGUCUGACACGGCCCGCUCCGGCAAGGCCAAGGCGAUUGGUGCUGGCACUGGCGCCACCCAAGGUGUCAUCGAUGCCGCACAAGCUGGAAAGCUGCCUCUGUUUAUUCAGUUCGAGGAUGUGCCAACCAACUUCGUCCAUAUUACCAUUCACGUUGGCACCUCACAAGUGCCUGUCGAGCUGAAGCCUUUGAUGCCCAUCUUUUCUGACAACUUUUUCAACACCCACAUCAUGCGCGACGGUAAGCUUGUCAACUUUGAGCAAGUCGUCAUGGAGCUGGAGCGCGACAGUGUUGGAUACGGCCUCGGUUCCGCACGUUCGCUGGGUGAACCUGAAGGCCUCUCGAUCCAGUUCCAGAUUGAGCCUGAAAAGUACGCGGCCGCCGUGGAAUGGAUUCGAACCAUGAUGUUCGACUCUGUCUUUGACCCCACGAGACUCAAGGCGGCCGUCUCCAAGGCUCUCGCCGACAUCCCCGAGGCCAAGCGCAACGGCCAGGGCAUGGCUGCGGAGAUUGAUGCCGCCAUCCACUUGGACCAUUCGAGCGUGACCGUCGCCAAGCGCGUCCUGGUGCGCGCCGUCUACUUGAAGCGUCUCAAGAAGCUCCUCAAGAGCGACCCGGACAAGGUCGUGUCCUGGUUCAACAAGAUCCGCACAUCUCUCUUCACCUUUGAGAACCUCCGCUUCCUCGUCGCCGCGCGCAUCGUCAAGCUGCCCGACCCCAUCACGACCUGGGACAAGCUCGCCGCCGCCCUCGGCAGCGAGCCCAAGGACAUGAUUCCCAUCCAGCCGCUGUCAGCGCUCCUAAACGAUGAGGGCCGCCAGCCGGGCUCCGUUGGUGCCACCAUUGUGCCCAUGACCUCUCUCGACGGCUCCUUCAGCGUCAGCACCGGCGUCGGCCUGUCUUCGUACACCGACCCACGCCUACCCGCCAUCAUGGUCGCCAUCAGUUACCUCGAGCAGGUUGAGGGACCACUGUGGGUGGCCGUCCGUGGUGCGGGCUACGCCUACGGCACGCACUUUUCCCGCAGCGUCGACGCCGGCCUGCUGUGCUACCGCGUGUACCGCUCGCCCGACGCGGCCAAGGCCAUUACCGCCUCGCGCGAGGCCAUCCGCAAGAUUGCCGACGGCACCGUGCCCAUCAACAAGCACCUGCUCGAGGGCAGCGUCUCCCAGAUUGUCGUCAUCUUUGCCGACGAACAGUCCACCAUGCCCAGCGCUGCGCAGCAAAACUACGUGCAAAGCGUCGUGCGAGCGCUCCCCAAGGACUGGAGCCAGGAGCUUCUGCGCCGUGUGCGUGCCGUGACUGGGGAGGAGAUCCAAGAGGCGAUGACGAACAUCAUCCUGCCGUUGUUUGCCCCGGGCAAGAGCAACGUGACCAUAACCUGCGCCAAGAUUAUGACCGAGAACAUGGAAACAUCGAUCAAGGCCAUGGGGUACAAGGUGCAGACGCGGGAGCUCAGCGACUUUCACGACGAUUAUGGCCUGGAGGCGCCCGAGGGCGAUGAGGACGAGGAUGAAGAUGAAGAUGAAGAUGAUGAUGACGAGGAUGAAGACGACAAGGACGAGGAUGAGUCUGAGGAAGAGUAG